CUGCGGCAUGUACUCCGAGCCAACCUCCAAACCAACGCCCGCGCAUCCAGCCAUCGAAACUACGCCGCCGGUUCCCUCGGCCGCAACCCCACCGCCCAAACCUUGAUUCCAGUCCAUGUGCCAAAGCACAUUGCAAGCUUAUUAGUACACAAGUUCCGCAACAUGGCCAACGGCUGGAGCAUCUUCAUCGGCCUGGUGGUAGUCAUCGCCAUGUGCCUAGCCUCGUGGUUCUUUGCGCCCAAGGGCGAGAACCAAGUGCUCUGGCGCUCGUCUCUCAUCCUCUCCAUCGUCAGCUGCUACCUCAUGUGGGCCAUCACCUUCCUGGCUCAACUCAACCCUCUUAUCGAGCCGAGACGGUCGGAUCUGCGGAAGGAGUACAUCCACCACUAAUUAGAGGCUAAACUCUCGGGGGAUGGGGGUGCCGAAAGACAGGGCACUGGCGCGAGCGGGCAUGUUCCAUCCAUCUUGUUGUACGAAUACCCACGGCAU